UUGUAUUUUGUUUAUUAAACCUAAGUUGGUAGCACUGAAAUUCGCGGUCCCGGCUCUGCGGUUUGUGAGAUAUGCGGUGAAAUUAUACAGUAGAACCCAAAAGUGGAAUACGGGUAGUCAUUGGGUGGGAAUAAGAAAAUCGGACGAUAGCUCAAGUCGAGCGGGUUUCGUUACACUUCUUAUGACCACGUUUGCCGGCUGAAGAUAUGUCUGACUCUUCUGACGAAGAAGAAAUAGCAAGUACCUGGGUUUUCUACAGGGACAGAAAUGAAUGGAAGGAUGUUACGCCUGUUCCACAGGACGAUGGACCUCACCCAAUCGUCGCAAUUGCCUAUUCCGAAACAUUCAAAGAUGCAUACGAUUACUUCAGAGCCAUUCUGAAGUCUGGCGAAAAGUCUGAGCGAGCUCUGGGCUUAACGUGCGACUGCAUAACGUUGAAUUCAGCAAAUUAUACGGUAUGGCAGUACAGGAGGGAGAUAUUGAAAGCACUGGACAAGAAUCUUUGGAAUGAACUCAAGUAUAUAGAAACAAUGAUUAGAAGAACUCCAAAAAACUACCAAGUAUGGCAUCAUAGAAGGGUAAUAGUGGAAUGGCUCCAAGAUCCAAGCUUAGACUUAGCUCUGACUGAAAAUGUCCUGAAAAAGGAUGCGAAGAAUUAUCAUGCGUGGCAGCAUCGUCAAUGGAUCAUAAAGACCUUUGAUCUGUUUGAUGGAGAGUUGGAAUAUGUUGAGCAACUUCUGGAUGCCGACGUUAGGAAUAAUUCUGCUUGGAAUCAGCGCUACUUUGUCCUGAAUAACACAACAAAGUUUGAGCCGCAUGUUAUUGAACGAGAGGUUGAUUAUACUCUGAAAAAAAUCGAGCUAGUCAAGGGGAAUGAAAGCGCGUGGAAUUAUCUCAGAGGCAUCUUGCAGCACGAUGCUGAAGGUGGACUCGGGCGAAAUAAAAAAGUUCUUGAGAGUUGCGAAGCAUUGUAUGCAGAAGGCUCGCGGAGCAUUCAUCUGCUAGCCUGCAUGAUAGACAUUUGCCAGGAAAGACACGGCGCUGACAUAGAACCAGAAUCACCAUUCACUAUUGAACGUGCACUUGCACUGUGCAAAGAAUUGGCGGAAAAAUACGACAUAAUAAGAAGAAGAUACUGGGAGUAUGUGAGUCACCAACUGCAAAAAAUGUCCAACAGCGCUUCGUAGCACCGGCAACGCGUUUUAUGUAUGUGAAAUUCCUUACUUAUGAAUCAGGAAUCUGUGUGAUCUAGUACUGAUUCAGAACAAAGAUCAAUUAUUUACAGUGUCACAUGAAUUCGCACAUUUGAUAUCGCAGUACGACGGCGCUGCUGUGACGACGUAAUUUAAACUGCAAUCAGUUCAAUACGUCACCUUAUUGAUGGUGAAAUUAUUGCGCUUGAUUAUUUAACAAACAAGUUGAAGUUCACCGCGAAAUUUCGUAUUCUGUUCAUUAGAAUUUCUUGCCUGGGUUGACGGUAAUUCCGACGAGUUAGUGCAGCGCCGUUAUUAAUGACUGAGAAAUCUUUCCGACGUUUAUUCAAAUUUUUGAAAUCAAUCCACAUUUUAUGUAUGUACAUAAAUAAACUAGAUAUUUAAUGAA